GGUCAACGACAAGCAAGCUCCUCCCCAUGAACUUUAGAAAGAUUUCUGUUUCUUCUGCUGAACAGUUCGGUGUUACGGUUUUCUGGUGUCAGCCACAGACAGCGUCAUUGCAGUAUGUUUGAUGUCUGGAUCAUGCUGUCUCUCGUCCUGUCAGGGGGGAGUGGAUUCAUGAUCCACAACACCCACUUCAGCCUGUGUCUGGAGGACUCAGCUGCUACAGGUGUAGUCCUGCUGAGGAGAUGCAACCUAGACUCAGGUUAUCAACAGUGGGUCUGGCUUGCCCAGGGUAUGCUGAUGUGUGUUGCAUCUUCUAGAUGUUUGUCGGCUCAGCAGACAGAGCCAAUCCGGACCUUGUCCUGCCAGGGGCCAGAGGUGGAUGCUGCAGGGUUAAUGUGGGACUGUGAAAGGGACAGACUGAUGAGCAGGAACACUUCAAUGCUGCUUUCAGUGGACGGUAAACGUAAGAUUCCGACUUUCCACAGCAAACACUCAAAGUGGAGAUCUCUGGACGAGGGGGACUUUUGCCAGGAAAACCUCAGAUUCAGGAGGGCGUCUGAUGAUCCAGAGGAGUUUGACGAGGAGCAAGCUGGUGAGAUGGCAGCCAUGACUGAGGAGCAGAAAGAGUAUCUCCGCUGGUACUAUCGUACAGAGGAUUCAACCACGUGGAAGUUUGUGCUGCUGGGACUGGCCUUCAUCUGCCUUCUUGUUGGUUUCCUGCUGCUGGGAAUGGGAGCCAUGGCCAACAAGAACAGGAAAAAGAUAGCUAAAUACAAGGCGGCAGCAUCUCUGGUUCAGAAAUGUGGAGACGAGGAGCUGAGGAGCAACUCACAGCUCAGAGACGACAGCAACUGCACACCACCAUCUCCUGACACGCUGCUGCAGGGAAACAAAGUAUCCUCGUCCAAUGGAGAGGUGAACAAGCUCGAAGGAGGAAACGUUGUGCUCACAUGGAAAGAUGGCAACACCUCUUACCUGUACUCUGAUCCUGAAGUGCAGGAGGAGGACCAAGAAGAGAAACAGGAGUGAAGAAUUCCAAAAAUAAUACACAAUUCACAAUACGCCUGUCGAGGAAUUGAUAUGACACUAUAUAGUUAUAGUUGCAUUACAUCAUUUCGCAGCAGUGUGAUAGUUCAUUCAGUCCACGGAAUCAUCGCCUCCAUUCAUUGCAAGGGUGUAAAUAUUAAAAAACACUUGACUUUGAAUUGAGGCAGAAUGUUGAGUAUAUGUAAAUAUAUUCACUUACUCAAAUCAUAAGAAUAAAAUCUACAAAUCAAA